AAGUAGGGAAAAACGAACGAGUGAGAAUAAUAAAAAGAUGAAGAAAUUUUUUAAACAAACGAUGCAGUAUUCAUUGACUCUGCUUUCUCCCCACCCCAACCCCUUGCGAUGUCUCCUGGCAAAAGUUGAGGCUGCGAAAUCCGCUUUCCUCUCUGUUGACUGCAUUUUCGGGUAACCAUCGAUAGCAAUCUGAGAUUUCAGCUCCAGAUUUCGUCGUGGGAAUUGACAGAGAGAAUACAGGAAGGAGGAUUGGAGCUUCCCAUAAUUCGAUUUUGGAGUUUUGUCACCGGAAUUCGAGCUUCUUAUGGUCAACGAGGUGCAGAUACUUCUGGGUUUUGUUGGGGAUUGUGGAGAUCGAGGAUCAAGAGAGGGUCUGUGAAUUAGGGAGGUAAUCGGUUGAUUAUGCAUGGUUAUGAAGCUCUCGGAAUUCUAGUUGAAGAAGGUAGCAAAUAUGAAGGAAGUGAUUUCGUCUUGGAUCGGUUCGUUUCUUCUUUUGGUGAUUUUGGUGCUUGAUUUGGUACUGAAGGUUUCUGGCAAUGCGGAAGACAGGUGAUGCCCUGAAUGCAUUGAAGACCAGUGUGGCCGAUCCUAACAAUGUUCUUCAAAGUUGGGAUCCUACCCUUGUAAAUCCCUGCACGUGGUUUCAUGUUACAUGCAACAGUGACAAUAGUGUGACCCGGGUUGAUCUUGGAAAUGCAAACCUUUCGGGUCAACUGGUUUCACAGCUCGGUCAGCUCACAAAUUUGCAAUACUUGGAACUUUAUAGUAAUAAUAUAAGUGGAAAAAUCCCUGACGAGCUGGGGAACUUGACCAACUUGGUGAGCUUGGAUCUUUAUUUGAACAAAUUAAAUGGUCCCAUACCAGACACCUUGAGCAAGCUUCAGAAAUUGCGUUUUCUGCGUCUCAAUAAUAACAGCUUGUCUGGAAGUAUUCCUGUCUCUUUGACUAAUGUUGCUUCACUGCAAGUCCUUGAUCUUUCAAACAACCAGUUGAAAGGAGACAUUCCAGUUAAUGGUUCAUUUUCAUUGUUUACCCCCAUCAGUUUUAAUAAUAAUCCUGGAUUGAGACAACCAAAGGUCACUCCAAGUCCUCCGUCUUCUCUAACGCCAUCAGCAAGUUCAGGUAACAGUGACACUGCAGCUAUUGCUGGUGGAGUUGCUGCUGGUGCUGCUUUGUUGUUUGCAGCCCCUGCAAUUGCUCUUGCAUAUUGGCGAAGAAGGAAACCACAGGAAUAUUUCUUUGAUGUUCCUGCUGAGGAGGAUCCUGAAGUUCACCUUGGCCAGCUCAAACGUUUUUCACUGCGUGAACUGCAGGUCGCAACAGAUAACUUUAGUAACAAAAACAUUCUAGGUAGAGGUGGUUUUGGGAAGGUUUAUAAAGGACGCUUAGCUGAUGGUUCUCUAGUAGCAGUGAAAAGAUUGAAAGAAGAACGCACCCAGGGUGGGGAGCUGCAAUUUCAAACAGAAGUGGAAAUGAUUAGCUUGGCUGUGCAUCGGAAUUUACUUCGGCUGCGUGGUUUUUGCAUGACACCAACAGAAAGGUUGCUUGUGUAUCCUUUCAUGGUUAAUGGAAGUGUAGCAUCAUGUUUAAGAGAGCGUCCAGAAACACAACCGCCACUUGACUGGCCAAUACGGAAGCGUAUUGCUUUGGGAGCUGCUAGGGGACUUGCUUAUCUGCAUGAUCAUUGUGACCCAAAGAUCAUUCAUCGUGAUGUAAAAGCAGCAAAUAUAUUGUUGGAUGAGGAGUUUGAAGCAGUUGUUGGAGACUUUGGUCUUGCAAAACUCAUGGAUUACAAAGAUACUCAUGUUACUACUGCUGUCCGUGGUACAAUUGGGCAUAUAGCACCAGAGUACCUCUCUACUGGAAAGUCUUCAGAGAAGACUGAUGUUUUUGGAUAUGGUGUUAUGCUUCUUGAACUAAUAACUGGUCAGAGGGCUUUUGAUCUUGCACGACUUGCCAAUGAUGAUGAUGUCAUGUUGCUUGAUUGGGUGAAAGGACUUUUGAAAGACAAGAGAUUGGAAACUCUGGUGGAUGCUGAUUUACAGGGAAAUUAUAUUGACGAGGAGGUUGAGCAACUCAUCCAGGUAGCAUUACUAUGCACACAAGGCACCCCUUUGGAAAGACCCAGAAUGUCUGAGGUAGUCCGAAUGCUCGAAGGCGAUGGCCUGGCAGAGAAGUGGGAGCAAUGGCAGAAAGAGGAGAUGUUCCGGCAAGACUUCAACUAUGUCCACCACCCCAAUGCUAAUUGGAUAGUAGACUCAACCUCACACAUCCCUCCAGAUGAGCUAUCAGGUCCUAGAUGAUCCCUCAGAAGACUUUACCCUUUGAGCAAAUACCCAGAUCCAUGAUGACGAUGAGUGUGUGUCUUCGGUUUGAUGAUGAAGUCUACUUCAGAUUUGUGCAUAUGAUGAUUUUCGCUCGGGACUCUCUUUUUCUUUUUAUCUUUAUGAAUUAUUAUGUUGAUGUCCAGCUCACAUAGCCCCCAUUGAUCAUUUUGUGACAACAAAGAAGUCAUGUAUAAUUUGUAUUGGGUUUUCAAGUGGCAUGAAGUUUAGGCCACAAAGCUCCCCUCACUUUUGUCAUUGUUGUAUUGUAUGUAUUAGAAAUUAGUAUAGCCUUAUGGGAAUAAAAGGAAUUCUGUUCUCGUUA